GGGUGGCACUGUUGCUAGGGAAGGCCUAGGCCGCCGCCAUGGCGGGGAGCCGCAUGCAGAAGACCGGGAGCGUGUUUAGCCGGACCCGCAAUUUGCUGCGCAUCGGCGUCAUCCAGAAGCCGCUGUGGUUCGACGUGUACGCCACCUUUCCCCCGCUCCGCGAGCCGCUGUACCGCGUGCCCCGGCCGCGCUACGGGAAGGUGACGGACGACGUGCCGCCCAUCUUCUACCGGGAGGACGAAGUGCGAGCGAAAUUUUAUAGAAUUUAUGGUAGUGGUCCCAAACCUUUUGACCUGUCACAACCGAACUACAAAUCUACCUGCCAAAGGUUUGUUGAGAAAUAUAAUGAAUUGAAAGAAGAAGGAAAAAUUGAAGAGGAAAACCUGUUUGAAGAAACAGGAAAGGCCCUUUUAGCCAGUGGGAUAAUUCUGCAGAGAAGAGGAACAGAUAAAGUAGCACAACAGGAUCAUCAGGAUGCGGAAGCCAGGGAUUCUGUACUACGUCUGCAACUUCAAACCGUGUUGGAAGAGUUGCAGGAGAAGAAGGAAAGUCAGGAGGAGCAGAUGCCAGAACUGAGAGAAACACAGAAGGAAAAUCCUUCAUCCUAACAGCUGUGCUCUUGUCUUGGCACAUCCUGCAGCUUGGCAUUGUGUGCCCAUGGUACUCGUCUGCUCAGGAGCCAGCAUGUCCAUCUGCACAGCCCGGUGGUUCUAAGAAAUAAUCUGAAGAAGGGAAUGGUGCCUCCCUGCCAUCAUGCAUGUGACACACAUUCUUGUCUUUCCAGCUCCCCACUUAGGAAGUAGGAGAUGAUCCUCUUCUUUGGAGGAACAUUGUCUUGACAUUUUCAAUUAUGUUGUCUCAGCUUUUGAGAUGGAAAAUAGAAUGGAAAAUUAAACAUUUCCUUUAAAAUGGGAA